AUGGCAAAGCUGACUCUCCAGUCAACGCGUCAACUACAGUCGGGACAUGGGAUCCCAGUCUUAGGAUACGGAGUCUAUAUGAUUCCCUCAUCCGAGACCGCGAAGGUUACCCUCGAAGCCCUGAAAGCUGGAUUCCGCCAUGUCGAUUCGGCGAUCAUGUACCACAACGAGGGGCCUUGCGGAAAGGCAAUUCUGAAUUCGAAACUGGAUCGAUCGCAGGUCUUCUUCACGACCAAGAUCCCGCCGCAAUCAAUGGGGUACGAGUCUACCAAGCGAGCCAUUGAUUCGAGCCUAAAAGAAGCAGCACAGGACUACUUUGACCUUAUUCUAAUCCAUGCUCCAUACGGCGGCAAAAAAGCCCGUCUGGGUUCCUGGGAUGCACUAGUCGAAGCCCAAGGAGCAGGCAAAGUGAGAUCUAUCGGUGUAUCUAACUUCGGUAUCCACCACCUCGACGAACUGGAGGCGCACAUCCAGAGUAGCGGGGCUAGCCAGAUCGAUGUCGGUCAGUAUGAGCUGCAUCCGUGGUUGGAUCAUUCGGAUAUCGUGGAGUGGUUGAAGAAGAGGAAUAUUGUUGUUGAGGCGUACUCGCCUCUUGCGCAUGGGAGUCGCUUGAAGGAGCCUGUGUUGCUGUCUAUCGGGAAGAAGUAUGGGAAGACGCCGGCGCAGGUUUUGAUUCGGUGGAGUUUGCAGAUGGGAUUUGUGCCUCUGGCCAAGUCUGUUACGCCGAGUCGCAUUCGCGAGAAUGUCGAUGUCUUUGACUUUGAGUUGGAGGCUGAGGAUAUGAAAUUGCUUGAUACGGGAGAGUAUUCUCCCACGGACUGGGAUCCGACUGUUGACAAGGAUUGA